UCAGUCGGGGCAACUGUCUGGGCUGUGAGUAAGAGGAAGCUGCAGCCCACCCAGGCCACCCUCACCCUGACACCUUCAGCAGUAAGCAACAUAAAACAAUUUCUUAAAGCUAAGUCUGAGCAUAGAGGUGUAAAAGCUGGUGUUCGGACCAGGGCUAUAAUGUCCUUUCUUAUACUCUAUACAAAGACAAGAGGAGAUUUUGAGGAAGUUACACAAGAUGGAAUCAGAAUAUUCAUUGAAAAGAAAGCACAGCUAACACUUUUAGGAACAGAAAUAGACUACGUUGAAGACAAAUUAUCCAGUGAGUUUGUGUCCAAUAAUCCAAACAUGAAAGGAACUUGUGGCUGUGGAGAAAGUUUUAAUAUUUGA